UCUUGGACUCCAUUAACUAAAGGGCACACAGCUCCUGUUUGGCUGAAUGGUCUAGCUGGCCAUCUUCUGAAAGCAUGGCUUUCCCAGAAGGAUUUGGAUGGGGGGCGUCCACUGCAGCUUAUCAAGUGGACGGAGGCUGGGAUGCAGAUGGAAAAGGCCCUAGUGUCUGGGACACAUUCACCCAUCAGGGAGGAGAGAGAGUUUUCAAGAACCAGACUGGCGAUGUAGCUUGUGGCAGCUACACUCUGUGGGAGGAAGAUUUGAAAUGUAUCAAACAGCUUGGAUUGACUCAUUACCGCUUCUCUCUUUCCUGGUCACGUCUGUUACCUGAUGGGACGACAGGUUUCAUCAACCAGAAAGGCAAAAUUGACUAUUACAACAAGAUUAUUGAUGAUUUGUUAACUAAUGGGGUUACACCCAUAGUGACCCUUUACCACUAUGAUUUGCCUCAGGCCUUAGAAGACAAAAGAGGCUGGUUGUCAGAGGCAAUCAUUGAAUCCUUUGAUAAAUAUGCCCGGUUUUGCUUCAGUACUUUUGGAGAUCAAGUCAAGCAUUGGAUCACCAUAAAUGAACCUAAUGUUUUUGCCCUGCUAGCCUAUGAUUUUGGAAUAUAUCCUCCUGGUGUACCUCACUUUGGAACUGGAGGUUAUCAGGCAGCUCAUAAUUUGAUUAAAGCUCACGCCAGAUCCUGGCACAGCUACGAUUCCUUAUUCCGAAAAGAGCAGAAGGGCAUGGUGUCCCUAGCAAUUUUUGCUACCUGGGUGGAACCGGCAGAUCCCAAUUCAGUGUCCGACAGGGAAGCUGCUAAAAGAACCAUUGCUUUCUGCUUGGAUUUCUUUGCUAAGCCCAUAUUUACUGAUGGUGAUUAUCCGGAAGUUGUCAAGUCCCAGAUUGCCUUCAUGAGUAAAAAGCAAGGCUAUCCAUCAUCAAGGCUUCCAGAAUUUACAGAAGAAGAGAAGAGAAUGAUUAAAGGCACUGCUGAUUUCUUUGCUGUGCAUUAUUAUACGACUCGCUUAGUAAAGUACCAGGAGAAUAAGAAAGGAGAACUGGGUUUUUUCCAGGAUGUGGAGAUUCAAGUUUUUCCAGACCCAUCUUGGAUAAAAAGUUUGGAUUGGAUCUAUGUGGUGCCAUGGGGAAUACGUAAAGUACUGAAAUACAUUAAGGAUAUGUAUAAUAACCCUGUAAUUUACAUCACUGAGAAUGGGUUUCCCCAGGGUGACCCUGCAUCUCUUGAUAACACUCAGAGCUGGGAGUAUUUCAGACAGACAUUUCAGGAACUGUUCAAAGCUAUCCACCUUGAUAAAGUCAAUUGCAAAAUAUAUUCUGUAUGGUCUCUUCUGGAUAAUUUUGAGUGGAUCCAAGGGUAUAGCAGCCGGUUUGGUCUCUUCCAUGUUGAUUUUGAGGAUCCUGCUAGACCUCGAGCGCCUUACACAUCUGCCAAGGAGUAUACCAAGAUCAUCCAAAACAAUGGACUGGAGGAACAUCCAUAA